UAUAUAUACUGUAAAAGCUAAGAUAGUGUGUAAUCAUCAUCAAUGCAAAUGUCACUGAAACCCCACCAUCUAUAGUGACUCAGUGAGUCCUUCAACCCUCAGUUCUUUUGCCUAUUCUCUCAGUCGUAACCCUAAUUUCAAUUCUGAAUCUGCAAAGAAAGAAAGCUGCGAACUUUAUUGUUUCUGAGCGAGUGAAGAAGCCCAAUUGGGUGGUGGGGAAGAAAGAGGGGUGUGUUUGAGAGAGGUAUGAAAGUGGCAUGGAGGUUGAAAACCCAAGAAUCGGAAAUGGGGGAGAAGAAGAUGGGGAGAUCAAGAGGAGUAAUGGCGGCGGCGGCGGCGGGGGGCUUGGGCGGCUCUGUGGGUGGCCGUCGUCGCGGAUUGUUCGGGUUUCUCGAGCUUCGGGGGGGAAAGACAGGCACAGUAAGGUGUGGACUUCCAAGGGGUUGAGGGACCGCCGCGUGCGCCUCUCCGUCAACACGGCGGUGCAGUUCUACGAUUUGCAGGACCGGCUCGGGUACGACCAGCCCAGCAAGGCGGUGGAGUGGCUGUUGAAGGCGGCGGCGCCGUUCAUCGAGGAGCUUCCUUCUUUAAAGGCCUUGUUCCCCGAUACCGAUACGCUUCAGCUUAGCGACGAGAGAAAGCUUAACGGCGGCGGAGUAGAGGCGGCGCCGCCGCCGCAGCAGCAUAGUAGCCCGUCGGACACCAGCAAAGGCUCGGCGCCGUCGGCUGGGCUCUCGCUUUCCCGGUCCGAGUCGCGAAUCCUGGCUCGAGAACGCGCUCGCGGGCGAGCCGCCGAGAAGGAGAAGGGCAAAGACGAUAUUGCCCCCGCCGGCGCGAACCUUAUUUCCCAAAACUCAAGCUUCACGGAGCUGUUAACUAACGGCAAAGACGAAUCAAAUUUCUUCUCCCUUGAUUACGUCACCACCGGAGGAUUAGCAACCGCCCAACCGUCCUCCCCGGAUUUUCCGCCCCAAGUUCAUCUCGGAAACCCUCUACAUCUCCCUCCUCCUCCUCCGCCGCCGGUGUUCACUAUUCCCGGCGACCACCACCCGGAGCUGCAGAAUUUCUCCUUCGUCACCGACCACCGCCACCACCACCACGGCAAUCACAACGAAUACAAUCUAAACUUCAGCAUUUCGUCUCCUUCGUCUCAUUCGGGCCUUGCUGCUUUUAGGGGGACCCUUCAGUCCAAUUCUCCUUCCUCGCCUUCUCUCUUGCCUCACCUACAGAGGUUUCCGGCGGCCGUAGACUUAACGCCGGCAAGUUUCUUCACCGCCGCUGCACCCACUGCCCCAGUCGACAACCACCACCACUUCCUCGGAUUCGACGCCCGUUUGCAGCUCUUCUAUGGCGACCACCACGCAGAUCAUAACGGCAAAGGAAAAACCUGAGCUCAUAAAAGCUCCGCAGAUCUCCUCUCUACCUCAUCUUCAAACAAGGUGAUUGAAGGUGAAUGAAUGUACUCAAAAGUCUCAAGUGAAGCAAGCUUCCCUGCCUGCAACUUCUUAUUAUGCUUCUAAAAUCAUUAUUAUGAUUUCUGGAUUUGUUCAUUUCAAGCAAUUCAGUUCGCAUUCAUGUAUUCAUGCCUGUCAAGUUGUGUUGUAUUUUCUUGAUAUGAAAUAAUGUGUUUUUGCUUCAAAUUAUAUAUUUUUUUUCUUCCCCUUUUAA